AUGCGCCCUCUUCACCUUCUGGUCCUUUGCAACCUUCCACUGGCUUUAGCCUGUCCUCCGAAACUUCAUGUCAAGGCCGACAUUCGUGCUGACACCAACCGCGAUGGACGAGUCGACAUAGACGGCCUUUCCGACACGGUUGACAAAACACGAUGGAAUGAAACGCACGGUGCCAUUUUCCUCCCCAACAUUGGCGAUACAGAUCGGAGAUGCUCCCGUUUGGCUCUUAUGUUUGAGGGUCUCGAUGACACGGAUAUCCUCGACGAGGACCUUGACGAUUGCCACGAUGCUUCUGACAACACCCAGAGAUCCCCCGAAUAUCUCGCACCCCUCAAGACUGUCCCUAUCCCAGCCCUCGUCGGAAACGUAAACGGUUCCGUUACAGUUUCCAAUGCGACCCAGCGAGACGCUGUCCGCAUCUUCCAGAAGCAAGGCAAUGAUUGGGUGUACAUUGACAACAACCAUAUCUUCUCUCGACGGGAGCUAGAGGUUGGUCUUGACCUUGGCAUUGAUGCUCGAUAUACCAGACGUCCCGAGACUUGGGACACCAAACGUCCUGAGAGUUGGGAUGGGCGUGUCACUGUUUGCUUCACCGUUCAAGUCGGAGAUACCAAGUCAUCUGACACAGUCAUGCUACGUGUCGCACCCGUGCUCACGCACCAUCAUCUUCAAAAGGUCGAACAAGUCCUCGCCAGCGGGGAAGACCGGAACCAUUAUCUUGUGAACUUCACCAACACCCUUGCCUCAAUCACCAAGGCUACUGGCUUGAAGAAGGACCUGUACCUGUUCAAGGAACUAAGUGAUCGAUGGAUUCAAGACUUUGUCGAGCCAGGCUACGCAAGCAUGCCUGGUCCGAAUGGAACAGUAUCUAUCCGGAUCAUGAUUCGAUGUCCCGGAGAUGAGCGACAGGGUGGUCGACACCUCUUUCUGUAUUUCCGAAAAGCUGGGAGUAAUGUUGAUGCUGGCGGCAACAUCGAAUCCAUUCCUCCCUAUACCUUCAACGGCAAGACCUGGCCGGCUGGACGUCUCAUUCAUGGCGACGACGACAUCGAUCGCCAUCAUAUUCUUUCUUACCUUGAAGCUCAAGAGUCACAGAAGCCACUUCUGCUCGAUACUUCCUGGCUCCCAGUCGGUCAUGUCGACGAAUUCCUCCAAUUCAUUCCCGCCAAGAACGAUCGAGGUUGGGUUGCAGUCAUCAGUGAUCCUCGUCUAGCUAUCAGGAUUCUUGAAGACAAGCAAAAGGCCGGGCAUGGAUCGACUCCCGCUCUUUCACGCAAGGACGAUAUUGACAGUUUUAUACCUACCAUCGACCAAUUACUAUGCAUGACGCACUUGAGGAACCUCAACGAAUGGGCUGCUCAGCGGAUUGACGGCAACAUCAAGAUUCUCAAGCGGGAAGUUGGACUUACUGAUGAGGACAUCGUGCGCAUUCCAGUUUUGUUCAACGCAACCCAGGUGUCUGGCAUUGCAGCUUUGUUCGCUGAAACCCACGAGUCUGAACUUCAAGGGUCGAAUUUCAAACUCGGGGCAUUCUACCCUGCUGUCGUAAACAACCUCGUUCUUACUGGCUACAACACUUGCGUUGCACCUUACCCAUGGGGCCCGGUCAUCGACGGGAAGGAUGUAUUUGGAGAGGAAAUCAGAAAGACGUAUGCCAAGGUUGGAAUGAAGAUCAAGUUUAUCGAUGUUUGGAAAAGCCAUCAUGUGGAAAUGGGGGCGGUUCAUUGCGGCACUAACUCAAUUCGAGACAUGUCUGCACGGUGGUGGUGA